GGACGUGGGAGGCGGAUCAGGUCGCCCCAGCGGCCGCUCCGGACGCAGAAGCGGGGUUCGGGGCUGAGCGCGUCUGCGUGCUGAUAAAAGCAGAGCAGAUCCGGUCAGUUCCCGAGACGCAGAGUCCAGAGCAAUGUUGCUGAAGACAGUGCUCUUGCUAACCCUGGUGGCCCAGGUGCUGGUGCUGGAGAAUGGGCUCCUGCGGACGCCACCCAUGGGCUGGCUGGCCUGGGAACGCUUCCGCUGCAACACUAACUGUAAAGUGGAUCCAAAGAACUGCAUCAGUGAGCGGCUCUUCAUGGAGAUGGCUGACCGGAUGGCACAGGAUGGAUGGCUGGACGCAGGCUACACAUACGUCAACAUCGAUGACUGCUGGAUUGGUGGACGUGAUGACAAAGGCCGCCUGGUGCCGGAUCCGGAGCGCUUCCCCCACGGCAUUGCCUUCUUGGCUGACUAUGUUCACUCCCUGGGCCUGAAUCUGGGCAUCUACGAAGACAUGGGCAAUUUCACCUGCAUGGGUUACCCAGGCACCACACUGGACAAGGUGGUCCAGGAUGCGCAAACCUUCGCCGAGUGGAAGGUGGACAUGCUGAAGCUGGACGGCUGCUUUUCCACCCCUGAGGAGCGGGCGGAGGGGUACCCCAAGAUGUCUGCUGCCCUCAAUGCCACAGGCCGCCCCAUUGCUUUCUCCUGCAGCUGGCCAGCCUAUGAAGGGGGCCUUCCCCCAAGGGUGAACUAUACUCUGCUGGCAAAUAUCUGCAACCUCUGGCGCAACUACGACGACAUCCAGGACUCCUGGAGGAGCGUGCUCUCCAUACUGGAUUGGUAUGUGGACCACCAGGACAUACUGCAGGAAGUGGCCGGACCUGGGCACUGGAAUGACCCAGACAUGCUCCUCAUUGGGAACUUUGGCCUCAGCCAUGAGCAAUCCCAGGCCCAGAUGGCCCUGUGGACAGUGCUGGCAGCCCCGCUCUUCAUGUCCACAGACCUGCGUACCAUCUCCGCCCAGAACGUGGACAUUCUGCAGAAUCCACUCAUGAUCAAGAUCCACCAGGAUCCCUUAGGCAUCCAGGGACACAGGAUUCUCAAGGAAAGAUCCCGCAUUGAGGUGUACCUGCGGCCCCUGUCCAAUAAGGCCAGCGCCGUCGUCUUCUUCAGCCGCAGGAUAGACAUGCCUUAUCGCUACCACACGUCCCUCGCCAGGCUGAACUUCAGCGGCUCCACAACGUACGAGGCCCAGAACGUCUUCUCGGGUGAUGUCAUCAGUGGCCUCCAGAAUGACACCAACUUCACAGUGACCAUCAACCCUUCGGGGGUAGUGAUGUGGUACCUGUAUCCCAUUAAGAACCUGGAUAUGUCCCAGCAGUGAGGAGCUGGGACACGUGACAGGCUGUGGCAGUACCACUGAGCCCAUACCAUGGAGUCUUGGCAUGCUGAGGGCACGUGGACAAGGUUCUUUACUCCCCAGGCCCACUUGGUGACCUGACCCCGUCAUAUCCAAAAUGCAGUCUCAGGGCCAGGUUCUGUGGCCUUCCCUCUUGGAACCUUCUCUUGGGCAAUUUCCUGUGGCUUUCCUGGCCUCUACCUCAGCUGCAUGGCCCCACAGAUGUUGCCGAACAACUCAGCCGGCCUCCUGAGCCCCGCACAGGCAGGGGUGCUGAUGCCCAUCAGGACCCUAGUCUCUGACCUGUUGUUGACUCUGAAAUCAAGAUUUGGAAUUUUUAUAAUUAGGAGUAGAGAUCUCACUUCUUGCCGGGAACUCUAAAGAAUCUUGUGAUUGGCUUUCCUACCUGGAGAAGGUCUUUCAGGCUGAUUCCACCUGGGAGUGAGGGUCAAAAAGGAGACUGUGGCUCCAUCAGGUCAUCAAUAAAGCUGUCUUUCUGUCAA